CCCUCUCUCUCUCUCUCUCCCUCUCUCCCUCUCUCCCUCAUACACACAAUAUAUAUACAAAUAUACAUAUACAUGAUUCAGCAAAAAUAUGCCUCACCCCAUUUUCUCAGACUCGCAAACGCAGUAAACAAAAACACAGAAUUGCAGAGCCAUGACGAAGAGCAAAACCAGUGUACAGAUUCCGGCAAGAUGGAUUCCCAUCUUCUCCAUUUCCUUCUUCCUCCUCGGAAUCAGCUUCACAAGCAAAUUCUGGGUUCCAUUGGAAUCCAACAACCAGUUAAUAACUCAGAAAAGAAGAGACCAAGAGCUGCAGAUCGUAUCCGACGACUGCAAUGCUAGAAAAAAGAACGGAGGAGGAUAUCAGGGCUUGAAUGUCAUGAAUGAGGUGUCCAAAACCCAUGAAGCAGUUUUGUCAUUGGACAAGUCGAUUUCAAUGCUACAGAUGGAAUUGUCUGCAUCAAGGAGAGGUGAGGGUAGGGGAGCUACUGAAGGGAGGAAGAAGGCAUUUGUGGUGAUUGGUAUAAACACAGCCUUUAGUAGUCGAAAGAGGCGUGAUUCUGUCAGAGAGACUUGGAUGCCUCAAGGCGAGAAGCAUCGCAAGUUGGAGCAAGAGAAGGGGAUCGUUGUGAGGUUCAUGAUCGGACAUAGUGCCACAUCGAACAGUAUAUUGGAUAGAGCUCUUGACUCCGAAGAAUCUCAACACAAGGACUUUCUCCGGCUGGAUCAUGUUGAAGGGUAUCACGAGCUCUCAGCCAAAACAAAGACAUUCUUCGCCACUGCUGUUGCAAAGUGGGAUGCUGAUUUUUAUGUCAAGGUUGAUGACGACGUCCAUGUUAAUUUAGGUACGUUAGCUGCGACUCUUGCACACCACCGCUCAAAACCAAGAGCUUACAUCGGGUGCAUGAAGUCGGGACCAGUUCUAGCACAAAAAAAUGUUAAAUACCACGAGCCGGAGUACUGGAAAUUCGGAGAGGAAGGGAAUAAAUAUUUCCGGCAUGCAACGGGGCAGAUCUAUGCUAUUUCAAAGGAUUUAGCCACCUACAUUUCCAUCAACCAGCCCAUUUUGCACAAGUACGCGAACGAAGAUGUGUCCCUCGGUGCAUGGUUCAUCGGUCUUGAAGUCGAGCACAUUGAUGAGCGCAGCAUGUGCUGUGGUACUCCGCCAGAUUGCGAGUGGAAGGCGCAGGCAGGCAAUGUGUGCGCUGCCUCGUUCGACUGGAGCUGCAGCGGGAUCUGCAAAUCAGUCGAGAAGUUGAAGGCGGUACACGAGCAAUGUGGAGAGGGAGAGGAGGCUCUCUGGAAUGCUCUGUUUUAAGCUACAGCCUACAAGUAUACAGUAAUACAGCUGCUGAUUAACAUAAAAGCAUAUGAAAGCAGGAUUGAGAUUGACCAGAGAUUAUUAAUGAUUAUUAGGUUGAAAUCAUUUGGCUGCUGUUAAUAUGAUUAAGAAGAGAGAAAUGUAACACUUAUAGGCUUGUGAUUUUUUUGUCUUUCUUUUUACAUUUCUAGGUUUGUAUUUUUAUAUUUAUUUUUUUGAUAAAAGUAAUUUAUAGAAUGUAGUUUUGGUAA